AUGGCUGAACAACACUACGGUCAAUUCCAAUCCAGGCCCCACCAUCUCCAGCAGCACCACCCUUCGCCGCCGCGGAGCCACCAGAUGGUCAAGGCCGCCACCGCUGUCACGGCCGGCGGCUCCCUCCUCAUCCUCUCCGGCCUCACCCUCGCUGCCACCGUCAUCGCCCUCACCAUCGCCACGCCGCUCCUCGUCAUCUUCAGCCCUGUGCUCGUGCCCGCGGCCCUGGCCGUGUUCGCCCUGGCCGGAGGGUUCCUCGCGUCGGGCGGGUUCGGGGUGGCCGCCAUCAGCGUGCUGUCGUGGAUCUACAAAUACAUGACCGGGAAGCACCCUGUCGGGGCCGACCAGCUCGACACCGCGCGCACAAAGCUCGCGGGCAAGGCCAGGGACAUGAAGGACAGGGUGGACCAUAAUGUCUCCAUUGCGCAAAGCUCUUGAUUAGAUAGUGUGUGUGUGUGUGUCGUGCUUGUUGCAUUAGUAUUCUGUGUGGAUGAUCGGAUUUGUAUGGUGUGUUUUCUUCUGUGUUUAUCGAUUGAUUUGAUGUUUUCCGUUUGAGUACAUUUUCAGUGUUGAUUAUCAUUUGUA